UUUCGCUCGGCGAGCUUGUCAUGCGUAUAAAACCAAAACGGCGGCUGUGGUCCCGCUCCACACCGCCCCUCGACGCUGAACACCAUGGCCGACGAUGAGGAGAGCUCGCAGGAACAUAUCGGCGCUUCGUGGGAGAUUGCGAUGAUCGUGGUCUUUGUACUGGUCUUUGGUGGACUCGUGGGCACGGUCUACUGGGCUCGUCGACGUCGCCAAAGGAGACGGGAUCUUGAAGCGGCGAACAACGCGCGGGAGCCGUCUGUCCGCGAACGGUCCUCCCAUCGCGGCAGCUCUACCAUUCGUGGCGACUCCUCUACUCGCGAGAAGUCGUCGAUGCACCACAAGUCCUCCGUCUCUGUCACCGAGAAGUCCCCCUCCUACCAUGAGAAGCGCAUGUCUCAGGAGCCCAUCGCCAAGCCCCCUCGCGUUGCGACCUCCUCCCGGCCCUCCUCCGUCGACUUCAAGCCCCCAGCACGCUACUACUGGGACCAGCGCUAGCGCCCGACCCUGUCGAUCACCGCCACACUGUCGAUCACGGAUUCCACGGCAAUUAUGAACCCCAGGCUUCGUCCCCUUCCCCCUCUACCCCUCCCCGCGCUUCGCUUUAGACGCCCCCAGUCCUUCGCUGCGGCCUCACCGCAUCC